UCUGCACCCCCUCCCUUCCUCCUUCCCUCCCUUGGUGGAGCUGAAGUUUACACGGAUCAAAUCGAGGAGAGGAGUAGAGUUUGGAAUCACAAGGAAAUCUCUGAAAUCUGGGCCUAGCGGACAGACAGCAACCUCAUCCCACCCCAAAGUCUCAGCAUGGGGGCGUCCUAUGGCAAAAAAAAGGGAUACAACAUUGAGCAGCAGAGUGUGAAAAACGGAAAACACCUGAAUGGAGCGGCCUCAGCGUAUGCCGAUAUUCAAUGGGAACAGCCUCAUCAGCCGAAAAACCCAGACAGGGAUCCAUUUGGUUACCCUCAUCGCGAGAUCCCCCCAUUGGCCAGUUACGCUCCUCAACCUGAUUACAUGACAGGAGAUGAUGAUCUCAUCAAGCCCAAAAAGCUGAUUAAUCCAGUGAAAGCCUCUAAAAGCCACCAGGAGCUUCAUCGGGAGCUGCUUAUGAACCAAAAACGAGGUAUUAGUGUGGAGAAUAAGCCAGAACUGCAGCGUGUGUUGGAGCAAAGGAAGAGAGAGCAGAUGAUUAAACAGAGAAAGCAGGAGGAGGAAGCCAGGAGGAAAAUAUCUCCACUGGAACAGGAGCUUCUCAAGAGACAACAGAAACUAGAGGAGCUGGAGAAGGAGCAAGCAAGACUGGAGGAAAGCAACUGCAGCGCCCCGGAGUUCAUCAAAGUGAAGGAAAACCUGAGACGAACAUCGUUUACAAGUUCUGGAGAGAAGGAGGUGUAGGGACACAGACUGGAUGUGUGUAUUUGUGCACAGCCAGUAACAUAGAGACCUGCUGCAGCUCCUAAACACCACCCACAUGACUGAGCUUCUCUACUUCCUGUCUCACACCAACAACACCUUCACCGCUCCCUGUAGCAGGUUUAGAGAGGGUCGAGAUAAGGACAAGACCCAAAGGGCCUCUGCUACACCUUCACGUCACGAAGAGGUUGAUGCUCGAGAGGUUUAGGAGACUGCAGAGAGAAAGAGAGUGUUGUUUUUUCUGCUCCGGAUGGGACCUGAUGGGUUAAAGUUUAACUGUUCAGGCUGCUUAUGAGUUUGUGUUUAUGCAUGGAUGGACAGCUAUGUUCUGGUUCUGUCACAUUAGAUGAAAAAGUGAAAACAAGGUACAAGGAGUAGUUUCAGAAGUUUAUAAACAGUCUGUUGCUCUCUAACCGAAAGGCAGAACAUUUAUAAGGCGACAACUAGACAAACAUAUCAGUAUUACAGACAAAUUAUUGCUUAUUGCUUACCAAACCGCCAAAUAUUUGUUCAUUGCCUACUUUUAAAUAUUGUCUCUUAUACUUAACAAUCAGCACUUGUCACUUUUAAAUGAAGAUAUAACAACUACUAUUAUUUUCAGCCUUCAUCACCCUUGAUUUUAAGACAACCAGUAAACAUUGAUCAUUACUACAAUGAUGGCUAAAAUGAUGAUGCACCAUUACAUGAAGCUAACUAUUUAAUUCGGCACAUCAGAGAGUUAAUCCUGUGUAAAAAUAGAGAAGUUGUCUAGUUUGUGCUUAUUCCAGUGCCUUUGUUUAAGUAUUGCAACAGUAUGGGUUGCCUGACUGUUAAUGUGGUUCAAUGUAUGUUGCACAGAAUUUUGUUCAUAUAGUCUUAUCUUUAUGAAAUGUUCCAUAAUAUGGCUGCGUAUCAGAAAAAGUGACAUUUCUUUCAACUUAUUUGCUGCUUACAAAUGAGAAAUAGAGCAUAAAGCACUAAUGGCUGAAACCGUUUCAGAACUGAAAGGUAUUUUUAAAGUGCUAUAUCAUAUGAUUUAUUUGAUUUUAUUUUUUUUAAUUUUGUUGAAGUCAUGUUUCCAUUUUUUCCCCCAUACUGUUUUAGAUCGUUUGGGCUUUUAAAGCACAAAGUAAAAUUGAAAUAAUAUGUAAUUGCUGCCUUUUCUGGCCCCUAAAGCCAUUUGGAUAAUACAACAAUCAAUUUGUUACUACAAUUCAAUGUUAAUUUACUUAUAAAAAAAUAUAUAAGGGUAGGCUACUUAUGUUUUUUGUAGCUUUAGCCAUGACCUUUUGAUUGUAAUAAACAGAGAACUUACACAAUAAAGAAAAGGUAAACAUG